CAACAAGUCCCCAGGGACAGCUAAGCACUCCAGUGUCUAGGGGCUGUGGGAAACUGGAAAGAAGCAAUCCAGUGUAAAUAUGACUUCCAAGCUGGCUGUUGCUCUAUUGCUCUCUUGGCAGUUGCAUGCUUUCUAUAGCACUGUGUGAAGGGUGAAGCUUAUUCAUGAAGAGACCACUGCCUGAACAUACAGCAAAUGUAAGAAGGUUGUGCAGAUAGUCUGAAGGAGGACCAGCAGAGAGAAGAGAUUCCAUCUUCCAGAGGUUGCCACUGUCUGCCUCCCCACUUGUCCCCAUCCACAGUCAUCUUUUUUAUAUAUAUAGUGACACAUUAGUUGUCUAGUUCUUCAUAGUUAAUGUGAUUUAAGUCUGACAUCAUUUCUUUUGCCAUGAAAUUUACACCUUAGUGUUAUUCUCACUGAAAAUUGCCUUUAAGUUUGAUAAACUCUCAUCCCAGUGAUAUUGACUGUUUUAAAUUAACAGAUUUAUCACGAUUUCUGAGCUAUGUAGAGCCUUAAUUGAAAAAGUAUCUUUGAUUAUUUUUUCAUAUUUUGGCCACAUACCUAUAAUAAUGGAAUAUAUACAAUGCUUUUUAGUGGAGAAUUUUUUUAAGUAGAAUUUCAAUAAAUAAUGUUUAAUAGAGUUUGGAAGUUACCGUAUUUUGAAGUAUCAUUUAACAUUUUCCUCUCAAUGAGUUUUCCUUUAAAAUUUGCAAUGGAUUUGUUUUCCUGUUUAUGCAUGAGAAUUUAGGUCUUAUUAAUUGGGGGAAAUUAAUGUUAAAGUAGUAAAUAAGCCCUUCUUGUUGCAGCUUAUUGUUUCUUGAAAUGAAUUAACUAUCCAGGCAAAAGGUUAAAAAUGAAAAAAAAAGUCUUUGUAACUAAAUUCUUCCCAUUUUGUUGUGGUGUGUGAGCAGUUUACAAAUCAAAAUGUCCUUGGUUAAAAGUCAUCACCUGAGUUUGUGUGCAGUGCUUUUCAGUGUGAGAAGCCUGGUGGUAGCCCAUCCCAUUUGGGUGGGAAGGUUAUAGACCUUGCCAUGCUCAAAGCAGAUUUGUAGGUAUCCUGCAAUAUGGGCACUUUCACAAACCCCGCUUUGGCUUAUUCUACCUGAACUACUUAUUUUAAUUAACUAAAUGGAUAUCUCAAGCAUUCCAUGUUUAUCCUGUUGCUCAGUGAAUCCUCAGAUCGUUAAUUUGGUAGAUUCUCUUUUUUCUCCUCAUCCUAUUCUUUUAGCUUUAAAAAAAAACUGUGUACUGCCUACAGGUCUUUUGGAAGUUUCACCUUUCUCUUUGUCGCAUUGGCAUCGGCUUUAUAAUUUUUGCAGCUAGACCACAUUUUAAAAAAAUCUACAUUUUUGGACCUAGUAAAAGAUACUUAUUUGUGUUAUUUAAGUAUUCAUGUCUUUUACCAUGGGUAGUUAAGUUUAAUAAUUAAAAAAGACACAUUUUAUCAUUAACAAUGUUCAUUUUUUUUCAGACUCUUCCCUCUACUACUUACUCUGUAUUUCUGUCUCUUCUAAUGACUAGGAAAGGCCGUUUCUCAAAAUCAUCUUCUAUUUAGUUGGCAAAUUUGAUAAUGUGGUGGUGUUCCUAUCUUCCUGCUAUACCUGUUCUACUGAAAAUGAGAUAUAAUAGCCAUCUGGCUACAAUUUUGAUUUCUAAGAAAUUCUUAUGUCAUUUUAAAUUCAAAAACUAAAUAUUUCAACAUUUGGUCUCUCAUAAGUUUUAUUUUCUUUGUUCCAGCUGUUCAGAAAUAGUGUGUUCUAAUAUCUCCACAAUCAAGAUUUUUGACUAAAAUGGAUCAGUAGAUGAAAAAGAGGGACUAGUAGUAAUUUUAGAUCUCGUUAGUUAAUCAUGAUCUUACUAAUAAUUUGGCAAUUUCUUUAAUGACCCAAAUCUUUGUUGUUCAAAUGCCUUGAAGUUGUUAUUCUUUCAUAUUAGUACUCUGAUGGGAGGAUGAAAACAGCAGAAAGGAGCAACACCAGAUGAUCUUUCCAUGGGCCCAUACUCUUUCAAGGAAUCCCACGGAACUCAUGAAAUUACGCUUUGGCUUAGAGAUAAUUAAGUUGUGGAAGGAGGUUUAAGAGAGGAGCUUGGGUGAAAUUUGAGCUGUAAAUGAGUAUGCUAAAUUAAAGAAAUGAUUAGUAAUAAGUGAUAUUUGCUGUUAAGAAAUUCACUUGGGAUUUGAGAAGACAUUGUACAUGCAAGGUAGAAAAUUUUAUGGUCAGAAUAGAACACAAUCUGAACCUAAAUUAACAGUAGUGUUAAAGAAUUCAGGGCAGGGUGUUAUCCAAGAAGGCUUAGCCAGCUGCUCCACUUAAGGUUACAUCAUAAGUGGUUUCUGUGUUGCUAUUGUUUUUAUUAGCAUUUCAAUGACUGCAUCAUGUUAUAUUAAAUCAAUUGGCCCUAACUUACCUAACCAUCUUGCUGUUUUUUAAUGUCUAGUUCUUGGAAAAUAUGUAAUAAUUUACUCUCAGAUUGAGGUCAUGUUCUUGUCAACAUCAUACCAACCAGACAUGAAGCCAUUAUUAUAUCAGGAACUGAAAUGGCCAAGCGUAUCCGGAAAGAAAUACAGCGAGGUGUGGAAUCAUGGGUUUCCCUUGGAAACAGAAGACCUCACCUCAGUAUAAUUUUAGUGGGAGAUAACCCAGCAAGCCAUACAUACGUCAGGAAUAAGAUAAGAGCUGCUUCUGCUGUAGGUAUUUGCAGUGAGCUCAUUCUAAAACCGAAGGAUGUUUCUCAGGAAGAGCUUUUGGACAUAACUGAUCAAUUGAAUAUGGACCCAAGAGUCAGUGGUAUAUUAGUUCAGUUACCACUACCAGACCACGUUGAUGAGCGAACGAUAUGCAAUGGAAUUGCCCCAGAAAAAGAUGUAGAUGGAUUUCAUAUUAUCAAUAUUGGAAGAUUGUGCCUUGAUCAGCAUUCUCUCAUACCUGCCACUGCCAGUGCUGUUUGGGAAAUAAUAAAAAGAACAGGAAUUCAGACGUUUGGAAAAAAUGUGGUUGUGGCUGGAAGAUCCAAGAAUGUAGGGAUGCCCAUUGCCAUGCUUUUACACACUGAUGGAGAGCAUGAACGGCCAGGAGGUGAUGCAACUGUGACAAUAGCUCACAGAUACACCCCCAAAGAACAACUGAAGAUUCAUACGCAGCUGGCAGAUAUUAUCAUAGUUGCUGCAGGUAUUCCAAACUUGAUUACGUCUGAUAUGGUUAAAGAAGGUGCUGCUGUAAUUGAUGUGGGUAUCAACUACGUCCAUGAUCCACUGACAGGAAAGACAAAAUUAGUUGGAGAUGUGGACUUUGAAGCUGUUAAGAAGAAAGCUGGCUUUAUCACUCCAGUUCCAGGAGGUGUAGGACCCAUGACAGUGGCAAUGCUUCUGAAGAACACCCUUCUGGCAGCUAAACAAAUCAUUUACUAGAUCACAUGAAAGGAUGAAGCAAACUGAAGUCAUGCUAUUUGUUUAUUUGACAAAGGGUAAAACCUUUAUAUUUUACUACAAAGCUAUUUAUUUCUACAUGGUAUUUAUUUUUUCAUGGGUGAAAUCAUUGUGAAUCAAAUGAUUCACAUAAUUUUAUGCAUUUCCUGCUAAUUUAUUUUGAGUUUUAAGAAAACAACCAAAACAAUUCCAAUGAAAAUUUUAGUAGCGAUUGUUUAUUUUGAGGAUAUUUGUUCUUAACAUUAAAACAAUAAAGGGCUCAUAAUAAAUAAAUAUAUUUUUGACACAAUUAAAUAUUACAUAUAAUAUGUUUUCAACAAAUGUCCUGUCAGCCAAAUGGGUACCCAUAUAAAAUGUAAUUUAGGUUUUGCUAUUUGCAUGCUCACAUUUUCAGUAUAUUUUAUGAUCUAUGUCAUAUGCUGAAAAAGAGCUUGUUUACUGCAAGAAAAAUGGAAUAUUGAAAAUGAAAUCUUGAUCUCAACUAUCCCCCAAAUGCAUCCUAUAAGUCCAUCCUAAUGAGAAAUGAUGUUCUAUUUAAGGAAAGGAAAAUAUUCCAGGAAGGCAAAAAAUGCAAUGCUAUUUGGAAGGGUAAUGAUUUUAUCACAUUGUGAGUGACUACUAAGAAUAAUGAUUAUAUCACAUUGUGAAUGACUACUUGCCACAGUAAAAAUACAUGAAGAAUGUCUUAGGCUUAAAUGUUGUUUCUUUCUUCUUCUAAAAAAUAUUUGGAUAGUACCUUCACUGAGAAAUAAUGGAAAAAUCAAAAAAUAAGUAAACAGACAAAACUAAAGUUGUAUUUUCCCACAAAUAUCGUAUGAAUUAGGUCAUAUUAAAGAACAGCAGCUGUUAAUGUUUGUUCACAAAUUCAGAAAUCUAAUAGGAAAACAUGAUACUUUCAAUGUGCCAAAACUAAACCUUAGUAUACAACUAAAAAUCUCCUGCCUUCUUGCCUACAUGUCUUCCCUCUUCUGUUACAACAUUUGUUCCUCAAAGUAGACACAACGUUUCUAACACAAUUUAAAUUAGGAAAUAUAUAUGAAUGUCAUUGAAGUCUAUUUUGAGACUGCUAAAGCUGUUUAAUUGAUACUAUGUUUUCAUGCCCAAAUCCCAGUAUGUUUAUGUACCAAUAAUGACUCUUACCCAGCGCAUGUCUUUAUCAGUGUGUACUCAUGACUAUUUGUGUGAAAAUAGACUAGAUGUUUAUAAUUAAUACCAUUGCAACUGUAUAAUAAAAGCAAUUUGAAGAAAA